CCCACCUCGGCCCCGCCGACCCCCGCGCCCGCCCCCGCGCGGAGAGGUGCCGGUCAUCGACGGCCGCGGGAAGGUGCCAGCCAGCCCCGGAUGGGCAUCGUGGAGCCGGGCUGCGGAGACAUGCUGACGGGCACCGAGCCAAUGCCAGCGAGCGACGAGGGCCGGGCGCCAGGCGCCGACCCGCAGAACCGCUACUUCUACCCGGAGCCGAGCGCUCAGGAUGCGGCCGACCGUCGCGGGGGCGCCAGCCUGGGGGCGCCCUACGCCGGGGGCGCCCUAGUGCCCGCCCCGCCGGGCCGCUUCCUCGGAGCCUACACCUACCCGCCCCGGCCGCAGGCCUCCGGCUUCCCCGGGGCGGGCGAGCCUUUCCCGCCGACGCCGGGCGCCGAGGGCUACCAGCCGGGGGACGGCUACGCGGCCCCGGACCCGCGCGCCGCCCUCUACCCGGGGCCUCGCGAGGACUAUGCGCUCCCGGCGGGUCUGGAGGUGUCCGGGAAGCUGAGAGUGGCGCUCAACAACCACCUGUUGUGGUCCAAGUUCAAUCAGCACCAGACGGAGAUGAUCAUCACCAAGCAGGGACGGCGGAUGUUCCCAUUCCUGUCAUUUACUGUGGCUGGGCUGGAGCCCACCAGUCAUUACCGGAUGUUUGUGGACGUGGUCUUGGUGGACCAGCACCACUGGCGGUAUCAGAGCGGCAAGUGGGUGCAGUGUGGAAAGGCUGAGGGCAGCAUGCCAGGAAACCGCCUGUACAUCCACCCCGAUUCCCCCAACACUGGAGCCCACUGGAUGCGCCAGGAAGUUUCAUUUGGGAAACUAAAGCUCACCAACAACAAGGGGGCCUCCAACAAUGUGACCCAGAUGAUCGUGCUGCAGUCCCUCCAUAAGUACCAGCCCCGGCUGCACAUCGUUGAAGUGAACGAUGGAGAGCCAGAGGCAGCCUGCAACGCUUCCAAUGCGCACAUCUUUACUUUCCAAGAAACCCAGUUCAUUGCCGUGACUGCCUACCAGAAUGCGGAGAUUACUCAGCUGAAAAUUGAUAACAACCCUUUUGCCAAAGGAUUCCGGGAGAACUUUGAGUCAAUGUAUGCAUCUGUUGACACCAGCGUCCCCUCUCCACCUGGACCGAACUGUCAAUUGCUUGGGGGAGAUCACUACUCAUCUCUCCUCCCCAACCAGUAUCCCGUUCCCAGCCGUUUCUACCCCGACCUUACUGGCCAGGCCAAGGAUGUGGUGCCUCAGCCUUACUGGCUGGGGCCCCCCCGGGACCACAGCUACGAGGCCGAGUUUCGAGCAGUCAGCAUGAAGCCUGCGUUCCUGCCCUCCGCCCCUGGGCCCACCAUGUCCUACUACCGAAGCCAGGAGGUCCUGGCGCCUGGAGCUGGCUGGGCUGUGGCCCCCCAAUACCCUCCCAAGAUGGGCCCAGCCAGCUGGUUCCGCUCCAUGCGGACUCUGCCCAUGGAACCUGGCCCUGGAGCCUCAGAGGGGCGGGGGCCAGAGGACCAAGGCUCCCCCUCCUUGUGGACUGACAUCACCCCCAUCCGGCCGGAGUCCAGUGACUCGGGACUGGGUGAAGGAGACUCUAAGAGGAGGCGUGUGUCCCCCUAUCCUUCCAGUGGUGACAGUUCCUCCCCUGCGGGGGCUCCUUCUCCUUUUGAUAAGGAAACCGAAGGCCAGUUUUAUAACUAUUUUCCCAAUUGAGCAGGUGAUGUGGUGAACGGAAGAGAAAGAGUGCUAUUAGGUUGGGAGACACCAACUACUGUAGACCACAGACUCAGGACUGAGUGGUCUCUAACUCCCUCUGUCCCUUCCCCUUUUGUAAUUGGUUGAGGAAGAGGGGGGCCAAGAAGGAUUCUGGGGUUCACUUGCUUCCUGGCCCACAAUGAAACCUGAAAAGAGUGUCCUCUGCCCCUUCCUCGGCCCUAACUACAGCCAUUUACCUGGUGCUGCUUCUGGCUGUGGGUUCCCAGCCAGAUAACAGAAGGUCUGGGAUGCAAAAGAGCUUCCUCUUCUGUGGGGUGGGGGUGGGGUGAGGGUCUGGGUCAGGUGGAUGGCUGGACUGGAUAAUCAAGAUCUCUUUCUCUGUAGAGUAACUUUCAACGUUUUUGUUUGUGUGUGUGUUAAUCCCUGAUCUGGAAAUAACGGCACAUGAAUUUUAUAACAACCAGCCAGCCAGGGUCAGGGAGAUGACCCAGGUGACUUUGAGCAGCCAGCCUGGGCCCUGCCAGCUCGGAGACAGUGGGGUCCUGAGGAAGGGGAUGGGAUGGGGGGAUGGUGCACGCCUCAGGGGAUGGGAUGGGGAGAUGGUGCACGCCUCAGGAUGGGGUGGUGGUUGUGUAUCAGGGAGCAUUUUUCUUUUCUUUUUCUUUUUAAUUUUUAUUUUUGGAACAGGGGAGGCUAUUUAUUGUACAGAGAGUGGUGUUUGAAUAUAUAUCUUUUGUCUUCAUCACUUUCUGAAAAUAAACACGAAACUGUCAA